AUGAUUUGCAAUCCGAAUUGUGCAUGUUUUAAUUUUUCAUCGUUUGUAGGAGAAAAACUGCGUGGAUCUGAAAUGAUUGAUUUGGUUUAUGCAAACACUGAAGAAAAAGAUAUAUCUGUGGAUAGUGUUAUUUCUCACUUCAAAUCUUUGUAUUCCAAUGAAGAUUUAGAUUUAGUUUUUGGCAUUGAAUCUGACUAUGAUUCUGGAAGGAAGGCUGCAUGGAAUUUUAUUAAUAGAACUGGAAUAGGCAAACCACCACAAGUGCUUUUAAAUGGUGUUAUGUUAAAACAACUUCAGCUUACUGCUGAUAUGUUUGAAGAAGCAAUAUUAACUGAAAUCAUGAGGCAAACUCCUUUUUUGCAAAAAAGUGUGUAUAAGGGAGAACUUACUGAUUCUCAUAAUAUUUUGGAUUUUUUAAUGGAUCAAAAAAAUGUUAUGCCACGUCUCAAUCAAAGAGUUUUGAGUUCUGAGAGUACUUACAUUGAUCUAAUAGCUGAGAAAUCUGAAACAAAAAUAAUUAUGAAAAACAUGAAAUACUUUGUUAAGCGAGAUGAUGAUGAAUUUAGGCCUUUAACAAUGUGGGUAGUUGCUGAUGUGGAUACAGCUGAAGGACGAGCUUUAUUAUUAUCUGGGCUUUCUCAUCUUAAAACAAGUUUGCACACUCGUCUUGGAAUAAUUCACAAUCCUGCAGCAAAAAUUUCUGGUAGCAUUCUGAGAAAAGCUAUACAGGUUGCCUUAGACAUUUUUGAUCGCCAUACCGCCAAGUUAUUCAUAACUAAGAUAUUAAAACCAGUGAAUGCCAUGCAGUUGAUUAAUAAUGAAAAAUCUGUGACAGAUUUUGCAGUUUCAAACAUGGAUACUGAGCUAUUUUUGAAGAAAAUGGACACAUUUGAUGAAAAGUCUUUGGAUUUUCAUAAAGUAUUCUGCAAAAAAAUUCUAAAAUUUUCACCUGGUCAAAGAGCUGUUAUUAUCAACGGCAGAGUAAUUGGACCUUUUGAAGAAAAUGAAGAUUUUGCACAGGAAGAUUUUCAUCUCCUAGAAGUGAAUUCUAAUGGAUUGUUUGGUGAAAAACUAGUUUCCCAGUUAAAAGAUGGUUUUGAAAAAUCAAAACUAGAUAGUGAAAUUGUGAUGAAGGUAACUUCAGUGCUUCUGUCUCAGCCACAAUCAAAAAUCAGACAUGAAAUCAAAUACUUUGGAGACAAACAUAGUGCUGUUAAAAUACCUGCUGCUGAUACAGAUGAACCAGCUCAUGAAGUUGUUAUAAUAGUGGAUCCAGUAUCAAAAGGGGCUGCUAAGUUAUCAUCAGUGCUCAUGGUUUUACAGAGGGUUAUAAAUGCUCACUUCAAAAUUUUUUUCAACUGUGUGGAUAAACAUUCAGCUAUGCCUUUAAAAAGUUUCUUCCGUUUUGUUCUAAAUGAAGAGCCAGUUUUCGGCCCAGAUGGUGAGUUUGGCAUUGCACCUAUAGCAAAAUUUUCAGGCUUGCCUUCAAGCCCUCUCUUCACUUUAGGCAUGGUUACUCCAGAUAACUGGUUGGUUGAAGUUGUGAAAUCUCCUUAUGAUUUGGAUAAUAUUCAUCUUGAACAGGUGGAAAGUAUUGUCCAUGCUGAUUUUGAACUUGAGCAUCUUCUUAUUGAAGGUCAUUGCUUUGAACAGUCAUCAGGAAAUCCUCCAAGAGGACUGCAAUUUGUUCUUGGAACUAAUACAUCUCCCUCGAUGAUGGACACAAUUGUUAUGGCUAAUCUGGGCUAUUUUCAAUUGAAAGCAAAUCCUGGUGCAUGGCAUUUGAAUCUGCGUCAAGGAAGAUCUUCUGAAAUUUAUGAAAUAGUUGGAAGUGAAAAUACAGAUACCCCUCCUGGUUCUUCAGAUUUAGUUAUCAUUAUUAGCAGUUUUCGAAGUCAUAUAAUUAAAGUCAGAGUGUCUAAGAAACCAGGAAAACAAUUUGAAGAACUUUUAUAUGAUGAAAAUGACAAUAAUAAUGGAAUAUGGAGUACUAUUACAAGCAUGCCUAUCAUUGGCGGGAUAGUCGAGGAAUGGAGAGCUAUUUGGCUUGAAAUUAAAAGCACUUUUACGGGUAAUAAAAGUGAACUGGAUGGAAGUGAUGAUAAAAUCAACAUCUUCUCCUUAGCAUCUGGUCAUCUUUAUGAGAGGCUGCUCAGAAUAAUGAUGUUGAGUGUUUUGAAAAAUACCAAGACACCUGUGAAAUUCUGGUUUUUAAAGAACUUCUUAUCUCCAACAUUUAAGGACUUUUUGCCCAUAAUGGCUGAGAAAUAUGGAUUUGAAUAUGAAUUAGUUCAAUACAAAUGGCCUCGAUGGUUAAAUCAACAGCAUGAAAAACAGCGCAUUAUUUGGGGAUAUAAAAUUUUGUUCUUGGAUGUUCUUUUCCCGCUUGAUGUAAAAAAAAUUAUAUUCGUAGAUGCUGAUCAGGUUGUCAGAGCAGACAUGAAAGAACUUUGUGAUCUUGAUCUUGGAGGUGCACCUUAUGGUUACACUCCAUUCUGUGAUAGUCGUAAGGACAUGGAUGGAUACAGAUUUUGGAAAUCUGGUUACUGGGCUUCUCAUUUAGCUGGACGGAAGUAUCACAUUAGUGCAUUGUAUGUCGUGGAUUUAAAGAAAUUCCGUAGGAUAGCUGCUGGAGACAGGCUCAGAGGGCAGUAUCAAGGACUAAGUCAAGAUCCAAAUAGUCUUUCUAACUUAGAUCAGGAUUUGCCAAAUAAUAUGAUACACCAAGUAAACAUUAAAUCUCUUCCUCAAGAGUGGUUGUGGUGUGAAACAUGGUGUUCUGAUGAGACAAAAGAGACUGCAAAGACUAUUGAUCUGUGUAACAAUCCUAAAACAAAAGAAUCAAAAUUAACUAGUGCCAUGCGCAUCAUACCCGAGUGGAAAAAUUAUGAUGCUGAAAUUAAGCAUUUGUUCCAAGAGUAUGAAAGCAAUAAAACAAUCCAAAAAAUACAACUCAAACAGAAAACAGAUGACCAUGAUGAGUUAUGAUGAAAGGUUGGCUAAAAUUUUGUAUUUUGGUGAUCUUAGGAAUAAUAAAUUUUUUAACUUAA